GUUUGCGAGAUUUGUUUAUUUUCUUUAUGUUCAAUCAGUAGUAAGCGCGAAUACAAAUGUAUUAAAUAACAAGUGUUAAGUAUCAAGUGCAGUUAAAUUAUGAAACGAGCUUUUAGAAUCUGAUUCAAUUGCAUUUAUGCUUUCGUUUCAUAACCUUUUUUGACUUGUUUCUGUAACAAAAAAUGCCACAGUUAUACAUAAUUUUCGAACAUGCUACUGGUUAUGCUCUUUUUCGUACUACUGAAUUUGAGGAAAUAGCAGCAUUUUUACCUCAAGUCCGAAGCAGCAUUUUAGAUGUAAGCAAGUUUCGCAGCCAUGUCUAUUUGGUAUCAUAUCAAGCUUUUAAAACAAAAUCUGAUGCAGUGAAUAAUUUGAAUGAUAUUGCAAAAGGUGUCUUACCAAAACAGCUCCAGCUUUUCAUUGAAAACAAUGUGCCAAAGACUAAAAAGUCCAAACAAGCUGUGGUACUUGGAAUUCAAGAUCCAGAUUUAGGCAAUGCCAUAUCUGAAUCAUUAGGAAUAACUUGUGCUACCUCAGGAGUAAUUUUGGAAGUUAUAAGAGGUAUUAGGAAACAUUUCCAUAAAUUGGUUAAGGGUUUCAGUGAUGAGGCCUUUACUGCUUGUGCUCAACGUUCCUUAGGACACCACUAUUCAAGAUCUCGCGUGAAUUUUGAUCAGACAAAGACAGAUAUUAUGAUAUCAGGAAUUUUAAAAUUGAUUGAUCAACUUAAGUCCAAUGUACAGAAAAAUGGUCUGCGAUUGAGAGAGUGGUAUUCUGUUCAUUUCCCCGAGUUGAGAAGCAUUGUGUCUGAACUUGCUGCAUAUGCUAAAUGUGUUAAUGUAUUGGGUGAUCGCAAUAAUUUACCUGCUGAUAUUAAUGAGCAAUUAACAUCAGUAUUGAAGAAUUCUACUCAAGUAGAUGAUAUUCUAAAAGCAACUAAGAAUUCCAUGGGAAUGGAUAUUUCUGAGACAGAUCUUGAAAACAUAAAAGCUUUCACAAACUAUGUGUUUUCUCUUAUGGAUCGUCUUCAAGAUACUGAAAAUUAUUUAAAAUCAAAGAUGCAUCAAGUAGCUCCAAAUUUAAGUAAAAUUAGUGGUGAAAUGGUUGGAGCACAGUUGAUUUCCAGAGCUGGUGGUUUAAUGAAUUUAGCUAAGUUGCCAUCUACAACUGUACAAGUACUUGGAGCACAAAAGUCUUUAUUCAGGGUAAAGCCAACAUAUGAUUCGUCAAAAUUUGGAAUUCUGAGCGAAUGUGAAGCGAUUAAAAGAACAAAGAAAUUAAGCAAGAAACUAAACAUCGGAAGACUCUUAGCUAAUAAGUGUGCUCUUGCGUGUAGAACUGACUGUUUUGUUGGUAAAAACACCAAUACAUUUUGCCAGCUUUGGAAUGAGGAAAUUGAAAAACGAAUUAAGUUUUAUGAUAAAUCCAGCAAAUGGAAGAAUGUUGAUGAGGACAUUCCAGAUAAAGAUAUAAUCACAGAAACCAAUAAAACUGUUGCUGUUGUUGAAAAUACUUCGAAUGAAACAACAAAAAGUAUGACUCAUGUAGGCUUAAACGGUGAUUUAGAUGCUGAUGAAACAUGUCCCCCUUGUGAUGAUGGAAAGGGUUCAACAGAAAAGAAAAAGAGAGUCACAAAAAGAAAAUCAAAUGUUCAAAGCAGCUCCGAAGUUUUAAACUCUGAAGAAUGUGAUGAGAAUGCAAUAGAGGCGAAUGAAAGCAUCUUGCCGGGAAGAAAAAGACUUCGAUCAUCUAGAAAUAUAAAAUGUAAAGCUAUUGAAUAAAUUGUUAAUUUUAUUUAAAAAGUAA